CACACACACACACACACACACACACACACACACAGUCGUGCUCUUGUGACUCGUGUGAGUGCGCAAGAAAUUACAGUCGCGCGCUCUGAGGUAACAGUAACAGCGCUUCAGUCUGGGAGAAUCUGACUCGAGUCUGGCAGACACAUCCACUGGAAAGAGCAGCAGUCACAGGCUUUACGCGGAGAGCCAACACUUCAGAAGGCUACAGGUUUAAGUGUGUCACUGGGCAGCAUGACGGAGGUGAUGAACAGCUGUGACUCUGCGGUGGGAGACUACAGUGUGAGCGGUGCGUCUGAGGAGCAGAACAUCUCUUUGCAGAUCUUCCCAGACUCCCAUGAACGGUUCCCAAAGCUUUCCAAACGCCUGCCAUCCAUCGUGGUUGAACCCCCUGAGAGCGGGGAGGUGGAGAGCGGGGAACUCCGCUGGCCCCCUGAUGAUCUGAGCCCUACAGACGACCCCAGAGACAAACAGGCCCAGGCUGCAUGUGACAAGGCCACAGAAGACAGCCAAGAGAUCGCAACAGAAAACUAAUGGGCGAUGGUUGGCACCAAUCCAGCCAAUCACUGUGAAUGUCUUCAUUAUGGACAGGAGUGAAUUGAAGACUCCACCAGUUAGGUCUGCCUAUCAUCCACACUAGAGCCGCCCACCAGCUGACCGAGGCCUGAGAGACUGUCUUAACUGAGCUAGCUCACGUGCCAAACUCUAGUGGUAGUCAGCUGCUGUGAUUGAAUUGUAAAAGAUCUUGAAUAACACCAUGAUACCCAUUAGAAGUCACCUAUGCCUGCUAAAUUAUAGACUGUCAUUCAUUUAUGUAUUUAUUUGCUUUGGACCAAAGUCUUUCAUUCCUUCCUAUCAAAAGGACAUAGCUUCAGGAUAUCAAUUUGAUGUAUUAUAUAAGCAUACAUUAAGUGAAAAUGGAUUUCAGAUAAUAUGUAAAUGAACUGCAGUGCAUAAUGGUCAGUGUAGAUUUCAAACUCUACACCAUGUACAGUAGAUCUCAGUUUGUUUUCACGUUCACAUAGGGUUUUCUUCUUAACAUGCUUUCAAGAUUUGCACAUAUUCUUUGGCACUUGCAUUCAUUCUCUGUUAUUCACAUCGCUGCUGCUGAUUUACUAGUGUUUGCCAGAGCUGCUGUAAAUGUAGCUUUCUUUGCCUUAGACAUUUAGUUGUAGUUACACUGUAUGUAUGUCAUAAUUUUAAUUAAAUUACUGUUUGUAUAUAUAUAUGUUCAGACGGUCAUUAUUUUACCCAUCAUAUGUAUCUGUCACCUUCCAAAGGCGAAACUCUUUGGUGCUUCAGAGUGUGUUGAAUAUCACUGUAUUCUGUAACAAAUCUACUGCUCUUUUGAUGUUUGAGUAUUAGUCUAAAAAUAUUAAUGAUCUGUUUGGGAAUGGGAAUGAAUGCAGCACAGUAUCGCUUAGCAUUAAAGGCAGUUAUUUCUA